AUGUCUCGUUGCUUUCCGUUCCCUCCGCCGGGGUAUGAACUGACCGGAGCAAAGAUUGGGGCUUUUAUCGAUUCCGAUAAGGUUUCCAAAAGGAAAAACAAUGGAAGAACGAGAAGAGAAGAGAGACGAAAGAGAAACGGAAGGAUCACGAGCAGAGAAGCCGAAAUUCAGCCGUUAGAGCGAAGCGGCCUCAGGGAAGAACAUUCACAUCCCACCUCGUCUUCAGACAGCACAAAUAACAGCCACAAGACGAAGAAGCAUUAUACUCAUUCACAAGGUAAAGUUAUCUUGAUAAGACUGCCCUCAAACGAGAAAAACGAGCUUCAUUCUGUAGCUAAAGAACAAUACCUCUGCUCAAUAUCUGCAGUUGGAGUAGAGAACUCGGCGCAAACAUUGGAGUUGCGAUAUAAGAAUUUACUUGAGGGUUGUCUUCCGUCAUUGACUCAGUACGCGCGUAUGGAUACAGAGGAUCUUGACUGGCUAAUGCAGGGGAAAAACGAAGACGUGCGGACAAGGAAAAGGCAGAGAUUCGAAAGCGGUGAUUGUACGAGUUUAUCGAAAAGAUCGGAAUUGUGGCCUCGUACGGAGUACUUGCAUGAAAUUGGGAUCUAUGCAUUGCCUUUCACAGUUCCUUAUUGAGUUUGUGCUGAUGGUCAAAUAUAUAGCACAGUAGUAAUAUGUUGUUUCUGAUAAAAAAAGAAAUUCGGAGUUGCCUCUCAUAGGUGUUUUGUAUGUUGAGAUCAAAGUUCAUUAGAUUGUUGUGUAUGUAGUAA